AUGGCUGAAAUCAAGGAGAAAACCAGAGAAGAAAUUCUAAGUGAGAAAACCGAAAGAGAAAGAUUCUUUGCAGGAUGCAGAAUUGAGAAAAUGCAGGAAGAAUACGAAGAUGCAAAAAAAGAAGUGGUUUUCAAUGAUGUUGUUGCAGUAAUUCCUCGGUCCGGCGAAUACUAUUCGAAAAUUGCGAAAGAUAAAACAGGUUAUCUGAAAAGGCUGGAUAAGAUAAUUCGUGACGUGAUGACCGCGAGUUUGAAAAAGAGGGAUGAAGAGAGAAUGAAAAAGAAUGUUGAAGAGUUAGUCGAUGAUUUGAAGAAAGUUGUUGAGGAAGUCAAAGUCGAAGCUGUUAAAGAAGAAGAUGUGAAGAUUGCUGAGGAAGAGAAGGUAGAAGAAAAAGUUGUUGAAAAAGAAGCUGUUACUGAAGAACAGCAGGUUGAAGAAGUUGAGAAGAAAAUGGAAAGUUCGGUUGAAGUGAAUAGUGAUGCUGGUGCUGGUGAUGAGAAAAGGAAAGAUGUUGAUCAAACUCAAAAAGAUGCAGAAGAGAACACCGAAGAGUCAAUCACUGAGGUACUUCUGAAGAAUUCUGAAUGUCAACAAGAAGAAUGUAGGAGCAGCCUGGCACGAAAGGAAGAGGCUGCUGAUCCCUGUGAUGGUUAA